GUCCUCGUUUUCUAACUUUGUUUACACUUGUAACAAGGAAACUGUCUUCUACUAUAAAUUCAACACACACACUUGAUUUUGUUGCACCAUCUCUAUCACUCAUCAUCAUCAUUACCAUCAUCUGAUCUGUUCACCACGUCUCCAAUCAGAUCUGAAUUCCACAAGUUAAUUCAUCAUUUUUAGUUGAUCAAUUGAUAGUAUUCAUAAUAAUAAUAAUACUUAUGGCAAAUGCAUCAUCAUAUUGCGGUUACUCCUUUUUAUGUUCCCAAUCUGUUUUACGAUCUUCUUCUUCUUCAUUGUUUCCUUCUUCAUCUAAUAAUAAUAAUAAUAAUAUUAUAUCUUUCCGUACAUCCAAACACAGCAGUAAAAAAAACACUCUUCGUGUCCUCUCUAUGAUACAACGCCCAUCCAAAGCUGCAGAAGUGACCGCAAAGUCAUGGAACACAUCGGUUCUAGACAGCAAGAUCCCAGUACUGGUUGAGUUCUAUGCCAGUUGGUGCGGACCAUGCCAAAUGGUGCACCGAGUGAUUGAUGAAGUUGCAGCCGAGUAUGCUGGCAAGAUCAAGUGUUUUGUGCUUAAUGCUGACCAAGAUCCACUAAUUACAGAGGAAUAUGAUAUCAAAGCUGUACCCAUUGUGCUUUUAUUCAAGAACGGUGAGAAAUGUGAGUCGGUGGUUGGGACCAUGCCUAAAGAAUUUUACGUUGCUGCUAUUGAAAGGGUCUUGUCAUCUUCGUCAUGAACAUUUAAAGUGGUUGUGUAAAAUUCCAAUGGGUUGGUAUUACGUUGAGUUUUGCCUCCCUUAGUAUUGAAUGCGGGUUGAUUCAAUGGUGGUUUAGGGUUGAGAAAAGAAGUAUAUGCUUGGUGGAUCGGACCUUGCUGAUAUAAACUCGGUAAGAUUGGGGGUUCUAGUCUUGCUAGAAGAAAUGAGUGUGUUCCAUUGUAUAAAAAAUAAUGAUAAUAAUGUACUUCACGCGGUUAUAAUUUGUUAUGUUAUAUGCAUUCGAGCUUGUGGAUUCAGUUGAUAUCAA